AGGAGAUUGCAGAAGGUGGGAAUAUAGGAAUCGGAGGAGGAGGAAGGAGGAAGGAGGAAGAGAAGAAGAAGAUUGCGAUUGCGAUUGCGACUGCGAUUGGCUCUCUCCAGCGGUCCGCCGAAUCCGUUUCGCGAUUAUUGGUGUAGCGGGGGAGGAAGGAGAGGGCGACGACAGAUAUGAUGGCGGAGGACAAGAAGGAGAUCGUGCCGGGGAAGUACGACGUGGACGCCAAGUGGGACGCGUGCGUCGAUCUCACCGUCCGGCGGUCCUUCUACUCUGCCUUGGCCGGCGCCUUCGGCGGCCUCCUCCUCUUCAGGAGCCCCGUGGCUAGAUGGUCGUCUCUAGCUUUUGGUGCUGGUUUGGGCAUUGGGUCUGCUUACACAGAGUGUUCUCAGAAAUUCAAUGGGUUUCCUACAAAGCCGCCUCCCAAGGCAUCUGAUGUUCCUGCUCAUGAGACAGUAGUGGAGUCCCCUCCUCAGUACUUGGCAAACAAGAGCAUAGCUUAGAGAUUAAAAUAUGAAAGAGGAUGUUGAUGCAAUGCCUAUCAAGCGUAAGUUUGAGUUAGCAGUAAGCACUAAGAAAGCAUCAUUGAUAUUUUGUUGGAUGUGUACAUGAGAUGCUAUAGAUUGGUGGGAUUAAUGUGCCUUACUUUGUGUGUCUGAAUUGCUGGCAGAUGUCCAAAUCUUAUCCUAUUACUGCUAAGUAUUAAUAGCCUGAUAUAUGUCAUACAGGAUUGAGAUGAGAUUUUAUGAUUCUUGGGUAGUAUAGAAUUGCCGCUUAAUGUACAAAUUUUGUCUUUCUAACAUGCUUUUAAUGUGGCUGUCUGGGCCGCCCACCUGCGAAAUUUGAUGCCUGUGGAAUGACUGACCUUAACUGAUGAAUAGGUACCUCCACUUCCAUGGAUGAUUGGUCAAUCUCUUUUUUCGUUUGUUAGGAUCAACCCUAUAAGAUAAUGUUCUCCUGUCUCCCAUACACAUAGCUGGGUUUGUCAACUUACACAAUGCAAAGUUCAUCUCUGUUAUCUUUUGCGGAUGAUCAGUAUCAAAUAUGCUUCAUGUCAAUAAGAAUUUUUUUUGAUGACUUUUUCAUUUCAUCUCGAAUUAUGACUUGCUGAGCAGGACCAUAAUAGAUGAAUAAACCUUAUUAUCCUUUUUGAGAUUGUCGCACCCAUGCGUAUGCUCUGAAAGCUGACUGUCUGUGCUGGUUGAUAUUCUUGAUCAGCGGGAUGAAAUUUUCUAACUUUCUUCAUUUUGUUUUCCUCCGUGUUCCUUGUUAUACUUUGGGUAAUUAUCAGUCAUACCUGUUCUAUCUUAUUUGCCCACAAAUGCUACCAAGAAUGGAUGAAUCAGUUGUUUGUGUAUAUCAGGGCUUUUCUCGUGAAUUUUGUAUCACGGAUCUUAUAUCAAUGCAUGUUUUUCCUUUCUACCCUGCUAUAAAAUCGUAGCUUCCAGGUCUUUUGAAGUUCCCUCCCAUUAUACUCGAUGACUGUUAUAUGAAGUUGUUCUUGACAUCUAUAGUCUUUUUAAUUACGUGUGCAUGCUCGUAGAUAAUUCAAUUAUAUUGGUGUUCUUCAUUUUGUCGUUCCAUUUCUCAAGCUACUUUAUACUCUCUUUUUGCAGUCUAGGAAGAAUAAGCUAGACUGGGCAUUGUCUAGGUGAUCAAUAGGACUUGGGAAUUAAAAGUAGGGGUGUAUCAGAACAUCUGAAAACUAGUAAUCUUGACCAAUCAAUUUUGAUUUAUUGAAUCCAGACCUAGAUUGAAGCAAAAAAUGAGUUCAUCAAUAUUAAACAAUUAAUCAGAAUUGCUGGUUAGAAUUGACCAGUUUGGUUUCUGUUUGGAAGAAAAACGAAGCCAGCUUAUUCAUAUUGGUUUUGAUUCCAUUUUUUCCUGGAUUGGACUCCACUAUGAAGCCAGAACUUUAUUUGUGUCUGUUUUCUUUGUAUAAAGAUAAUUCUAGCUACAAACUCAUUUGGCUUUCAAGUGAAAAGAAGGCUCAUGAAAAAGGAGAUAUCCUUUUAUAUUGGACUCUGUAUUCAUAUACUAAGUUGAUUUCAAAUUGGGCAAGUGAGAACAUCUUAUCAAUGGCGUUGUCAAACUGUAUUAUAUUAGUUUAGUCUGAAUGUUGAAGUUUAUUGUUUUGUCUGUUGACUGAGUGUUCUUGU